CAAAAACAAAAGGCGGGAUAUUUUUAUCAGCACAAUGUUCACAGCAGUUCACAGUAUUACUUUAAUCAUGGCAAGUCAAACACAAGGAAUUCAGCAGUUAUUAGCUGCUGAAAAACGUGCUGCAGAAAAAGUAUCUGAUGCCAGAAAACGCAAACAAAAACGUCUAAAAAAGGCAAAAGAAGAAGCUCAAGAGGAAAUUGAAAAGUAUAGACAAGCACGAGAAAUACAAUUCAAAGAUUUUGAAUCGAAAUUUAUGGGAUCUCGAGAAGAUGCUGCAGGAAAAAUUGACGCUAAAACAGUUGAUAAAAUCGAAAGCAUGUCAAAAGCACUUAGCUUUAAUAAGGAUAUAGUUAUUCGUGAUAUUCUCUCAUUUGUUUACGCCAUAAAUCCAAAAGUUCAUAAAAAUUUUCUCCUAAAAAUGUUAAAUUAAGCAUAAAUUGUGAAUAUAUAUCCUCGCGAAUUUUCCUUUAAUUACUGUAUUCUUGGUUUUCAUCCAUCAAAAAGCUAUAAGGUGUUAAAAGUCUGAGGAUGC